UCAGCUGAGCUGGGUUCGCGUAGCUUCUUCACUCCAGCGAGAGUUUCGCUCGCUCGCGGUUUUCGAAUUCAGCGACCGUGUUUUCCGCUGUAAAUAAUGUUUAGACUCCGGGUUAAAGGGGGGAUGCGCGAUUUAGCGACCAAACUAAACCAGCAGCGGCACCGUUAUCUGAUACUGCGAGAGAAUGUAGCGACCGCUCGAAGACACCGGGCAGAUUAAUCCGUACUUUCUCCGACUUCUCUAGGGGUAGAGUUUAGUCAGUGAGUCGGGGUGUCUGAGGCGACGGGCAGCGCUCAGUCCAGUGUUUAGUGUUCAGAGUUUGAGUCAGUACAGCGCGGGCACACCACCGAGCUGGGCUUAGCCAAACAUUAUGGUAUGGGUCAAAGGGAUGUUGUACCACUGGAGACGUCCAUGAAAAGAAAAAGAGGGCUUCACACUGCUUCAAUGUGUCGGCUGGAUGUGGACUCCGCGGUGGCUGUGCUGAAGAAUGAAGUUGAGCCCGGCGAAGGAGAUGCCCUUUCCUCUUCAAGGUACAUGCUGGGCCGUGGAGUAAAACGCAAAUUAAGUGACUGCGAGGACCCUGUGCUGGGCCUUCCGUACCCCCAGCAGCGGCAGCUGGUGCUGGACCUGUGCCUGGACAAACUGCAGAGCUGCCAGCGCCGCGCUGAACCCAGCCUUCACCGCUCAGUCCUGCUGGCAAACACCCUUCGGCAGAUCCAGCAGGAGAUGAGACUGGAGGGGAGAAACUGCUUGCCUCCAGCUCCACCUGCCCCUACGCUCCUUCCUGCCGCCACCCCACGCCACAUCCCCGAGCUGCCGCCUGUGUCUUUAGACUGCCCUCCGCUCCUUAAUGGAUCACUGUCCCCAUCUGCUUCCCUGGCAACAAGUGAGGAUGGCGAGGCCCAGUUAGACUGUGUUGAAAGCAAACCACUGUAUACAUCCCUCUCCAACGAGGUUGAUGGGAGGCAAUCAGAUUUACUGUUUGGCUCAUUUGAGAUCACUAAUUCCACCAGCUAUUUGACAGACUUGGCUCUGGAUGACAUCUUUGAAGACAUUGACACAUCUAUGUAUGAUUCGUCUGAUAUCUCUGUGCUAGCAAUCCCUGCCACACGAGGCACUAGUGCAGCCUCUGGGACAGGAGAUGAAGGUCUCAAGAACUUUUCAAGCUGCACCCCAAACACCUUGCAGCUCUGCCUCUCUGACCUUAAUGACUUGGACCACAUUAUGGAGAUCCUUGUGCGCUCCUGAACCACUUUACACAUGCAAUCCUCUCUCAGAUAGCCAUCAGUGUUUUCAUGGGAAUCUGAAUAAUGAACUCUUUCAUUUGAGAAGAAAUUUUUUUUUAUUUAUUUUUGUACAAAGAACUGAUAUAUUUAUAAGAGGAAAAAGACUUGCAUGACACAUACUUACUGUAGGAUAAAUGCACAUUAUUCUGACUAGGUGGUCAAGCUUUGGCAGCCAUCUUUCAUAUUUAAGCAAACUAAGAAUUAUAUGCAGGGACUUCAAUUAUUGAGGCAAAGUAUUACCAUUGAGACUUAUUUAUACUGGAUUGCCCUUUUCAAUGGAUUUUGAAGAUAAAAAGCUAUGUGGAUUAUGUGGACACACAAAAGCAUUUUGAAAAGGCUUUUAUGUUUGUGAACCAACCCCACAAAUUUUUCUCAAGCAUUACUUUUACUGUCCUUACAGUGGAUCAUAACGUGCACACUUAACACUCACACACUACCUCUCGAAAAAUCAAGCGCAAGCUCUCUUUCUCUCUCUCUCUGUAUAGUCAUUGUUACAGCUGUCUUUCAGUAGUUGUUUUUCAAUACCAUUUGGGGAAAAAAAAACUGAUAAUGGUCUAUAUCCGUCUCGACCUGUGAAGGACCUUCGCCUACCUUCCCCUAGGAGAGAGAAAGUGUCAGUCCAAAGUAUCUGAAAAGGCAUCUUUCAAUAGUUCCUUUCAGUUUUUUGCAUUUUCUCUCACUUUGUUGGAUCUUUAACGGGAAGGAAUAAUGUCCUUUCUUUUUUUGAAGUUGUAUUUUCUCCUGUUUAACUUCUUUCUACUCCUGUGAUUGUCAGACGCUAUUGAACCCCUCAUAUAAACUUAGUGCCUACAAUGGAGGACGAAGACUGGCGUUGGUGGAAGUGCACACUGUGGACCCACACAUCGACUUGCCUGAACCUGUUUCUCUAAUCCCACUAUUUCAGUCUAUUUUCUAUGCUGAUUGUGCUUUUCUUUUUCACUCUUAAGUAGUAUUUAUUUGUCUUCUGAAGAAGCCAUGUCCUCAGAUGUUUUACACGUCUACUUGCAGCCCUUAAAAUGUUUCCUCUGGCACAAAGAUGACCAGUGACUCUCAUUCAAACAUGAUUGUGGAUCUUGUGGUCAAGAUGACCGAGACAGAAUGUCCAACCUUGUAUCCUCAGACAUGGGGCUGUAUCCAAAUCCCUUUGCUUUUGACUUUACUGCUUGACAUGAAGUAUGAGACAGUUUAAGGCCUGCUGCACUGGUCUCUAAUGGUCUGUGUUAAAAUGCUUUCAUUUUCAUGGUUGCUGGACCCAACAUGCGUGCUUCGAGCUUUCUGUAUAAAAGUAAGGAUUCACCAAUCUGAUACUAGAUGCUGGUUUUAUUGAAUGGAUUCAUAAUUGCUGGAUGCAAGAUUUUAAACAAUUUGGUGCAUGUCAGGUACUGGUGCAUCCCUGCCUAAAAGGGUCAGUUUUACUAACCUUAGACUACAGCAAGGAGGAAUCCUGUGUAAUAAGCAUAGUGUUUGUACUGAGAGGGGAGAUGGUAGAGGGGGAGGGGAAAGAGCAUAGGAGAGAGAGAGAGAGAGAGAGAGAGAGAGAGAGAUUAGGAGGGGGUUAAAGCUCGAAGCUCCUGUCACGCGGAGGCUCUUGCUUGUGGAAAAGGCCACAUUGAGAGUUUCACAACAACAGCUGGUAUGUGUGUGUGUGUGCCUGUACACAUUUGUGUGUGUGUCAGUGCCAAACCCCACCCCCCAAAAAGGGCCCCAAGGCCUCCAUUCUCCUCCCAGCCAAUGACCAUUAGUUAGGGGAGGAGUCACAAGCUGCUCCAAGUAAAGCGCCUUCCCUUCUCAGGACUCUCACUUGUACUACCAAGACAUAUACUUCAAGAAAUAUCCAUAUGUUUUGAUGCUUACCCAAAAAAUACAUUUGUCUCAAAAUCUUUUCUUAAGUACCAAAUAAAACCCAGCAAUAGCUGGCUAAAAACUAGCGUUAUGGGGUUAAGAGUUUAGGAUUUUUUUUUUUUUUUAACUAUUACAGAAAAUUCAUGUUAGAUUUUUAACAAUUGGGUGUGGCAAAAACAGAGAUAGAGACUGGUAAUUACCUAGCAGUAGUCUGUGAUGGAUUUUGUCCCCUCCCAUCUCUUCCUUUAACUCAGGCUGGCAAACAUCCUCCCCACCCCCCUCAGGAGACAGCAGGCAGAGCCACAGAGAAAUUUGACCCCUGAUGAAGUUUACACUGGGUUUUAUGGUAAUUUGCUUUGAGAUGGGGUAAAAGAAGACAAUAAACCAGAGACUUGUUUAAUCACACCAAGACACCUUUUUUCUGUCUUUUACAAGUGGUUUCUGUUUGAUGGUGAGAGCUCUGUAUCAAAGUGUAUAGCUUUGUAAGCUUAUGUUUUUGUUUUGUUUUUGUUCGUUUUGAGCAUAUAACUAUAUAUAUAUUUGUAUUUCUUUUUUUUCCACGUGAGUUUCUAUUUUAAUUUCUUGGUCUGAUGACCAAAGAUUGUGAGAUAAUUUAUUACAUUUAUUUAAGAGUGGAAAACUGUAGGUUUUGGUCUCGCUCCAGGACAAUUAGUUUGUCACGUAGCAGGAUGUCUGCUUCACCUCUUUUAACACCUCUUUUAAAUAAUAAUUACAUAAUGUGUGUAAAUAGUUUAUUCAGAUUAUGAAGAGAUUUUUUUAUUAUUGAAAGUAUUUGUAAAAGUAUGAAAAUGUGUUCAUUUGAAUGACUGUGGGGGAUCCUUUUAACGUGUAUUUUAGUCUGAUAUUCUUCCUUGGACCAGGCAGUUAAUCUGGCAGCUCCUUACACUGUUUUCACACUGAAAUGACUGACUGCAUUUAGGUUAAAAGGAAGCGUGUUGGCCUUACUGGUGUACUGUCAGUGAAAUAUUAUUAGCAUUUUUUUCCCCCAUUUCCCCAUUUGCUCAAGACUCUAUCCUCUCUGUUUUAAGGAGUGGUUUAAGGUCGCUGUUUUCAGGAUUUUAUUUGGUAUCAACAACAAACAGCUGCCUGAUUUUCAUUUAUUCAGAGAGCUGGGAAACUACUCAGUACCAUCAUAGCACAUGUAAAAAGCAGAGCUUCACUAUUGAACUGCCUUUUGAAGAUCCAUAGUAAAGCACCAACUGCACAAAAAGUUCCUUUAAAAAGAGUAUAUGAAAAAACAUCCUGAGUGAAAGAGUUAUGUUUAAUUAAGUAUUCUCAACAUGGUUAUUUUAAAAAGCAUCAAAUGAUUAGCUUUAACCAUUUGUCAUAUUUAUAGUUGGCCAUUUUAGCAAAGUUUAAUAAAUUAUCCUAAUGAAAUUGUAAAAUGGAAAAACCUCAAAUGUCACUUUUGUCCCAAGUGCAAUAUGAACAUGAAGCGCUGUCUGACCUAUUUGCAAAUAAUACCAAUAUGUUUAAGUUUAUAUGAAUACAUUUUUAAAUAAUGGACUGAAGACUCUGCAGCCCAAAAUGCAUUGUUUUCAGACUCUUUGCUCAGUCUGGUCUGUAGCUUGGUUUGUAGCUUUCUGUUGUGUAAAUAAUGAAGCCUCUUUUUUGCAUCAGUCAUAUUCUAUGCAAUGCUACUGUAGCAGGUCAGUAUGUCGGAAUAAAAACUGAAAUAAGAUGAA